CAUAAAGCCACAUGCAUUAAUGUAUUUUUCACCUCCCAUAACCUUUGAAAACAACCAAUUCCCAAUUCAGCUUUGAAUUAGUCAGGUUUUCUCAUCUCAACGCAAUGCUACUACAUCUGGGUUUUGAUGUUUUUCAUUGGGUUUUAGAGAGUUUUUCCAUGGAAAUUAUUCUAGAUAUAGUUAAUGUAGUGUUUUGUAUAUUGUUUUUGACAUGGGUUUUGGUUGAUAUGUUUAACUCGAGGAAUAGUACCACUAAUAUUGAACAUUUCACGUGCACAACGACCAGUAAAACUGAUAUAUUAGUUUAUUCAGUGGGCUUUAAUCUUUUGACUGUUUUUUGUAGUGCAAUAAUGUCUACUUUUUACUUAUCUUAUUGUCUAUAUGAGGCUUUUUGGUGCCACAAAACAAUCUCAUUUAGUUCAAUUUCUACUACCUCAACAUGGGUUUUAUCCACUUUCAUCCUAGUGUAUUCUAGGGAGAAAAUUCUCAAAGAAAACAAGAAAUUACCUUUGGUUCUUAUAGCAUGGUGGGUGUAUUCUCUUGUACAUUAUUUAGUUUUGAUCACAUUUUACAUCAUAACCCACUUAACAUCCAUAAACUUGCAUACCAUAGAUUUUCCCAAGGUUGAUUUUGUUGAUUUCUUGGGUUGCCCAUUAUCAUUUCUUCUAUGCUUCAAUGGUUUGUUCAAUUGUAGAAUGAAAAGUUCCAAACUUGAACUUAAGCAACCAUUAUUGCCUCAUGAACAAGAGAUUAGAGCCGAAAAGGUGUGUUCUCCUUACAAUAGCUCAAGUUUUUGGAGCAAAAUCACAUUUUCAUGGCUUAAUCCAAUGUUUAGAAUUGGUAGAACUCAAUUGCUUGUAUUAGAUGAUAUCCCAUCAGUUCCUCUAUCAGAAACUGCAGAAAAUUCUUCAUCUUUGUUGGAGGAAUCGCUUCGAAACCAGAAAAGCAAUGUGUUCUCUUUACCUAAAGCCAUAUUUUGCAGUAUUAGGAGAUCUUUACUCACCAAUGCCUUCUUUGCUGGGGCUAAUACUGUUGCAUCAUAUAUGGGUCCCCUGCUUAUAACCCAUUUUGUUAACUAUCUAUCAACAAAAUCUGAUAACACUAGCUACCAUGAUGGUUUAACUCUUCCAAUAGUUUUCUUCAUUGCCAAAUGCAUUGAGUCUAUAUCACAAAGACAAUGGUAUUUUGGUGCUUCUCGAAUCGGUAUUCGUGUAAGGGCAUCCAUCAUAGCCUUAGUAUACAAAAAGUCUCUCAACAUCAAGUUGUUUGAUGUUGGGCAAGGCAAUGGAAAAAUCAUUAAUUUGAUAAACGUCGAUGCUGAGAGACUCGGAGACUUGUUUUUGUACAUACAUGGCAUUUGGCUACUUCCCUUGCAAGUGUCUCUUGCCCUUAUUAUUCUUUAUGUAAAUCUCGGUCCUGCACCUGCCUUUGCCGCGCUUUCUUCCACAAUUUUGGUUAUGGUUUUCAACACACCAUUGGCUAGUAGGCAAGAAAUGCUACAUUCCGAGAUCAUGGAUGCUAAGGACUCAAGAAUCAAAGCUACUAUGGAAACUUUAAAGAGUAUGAGAGUCCUUAAAUUGCAUUCUUGGGAAUCUUCGUUCAUCACGAAGCUUACCAAAUUGAGGGAGACCGAAAAGUCAUGCUUGAGCAAGUAUCUAUACACAUCUUCUGCCGUCGCUUUUCUUUUUUGGGCCUCGCCAACUUUUGUUUCAGUUGUUACCUUUAGCGUUUGCAUUUUCGUUGACACACCAUUAACCUCAGGAACUGUUCUUUCUGCUCUUGCUACAUUUAGAAUUUUGCAAGAGCCUAUAUAUAACCUGCCCGAACUUAUCUCAAUGAUUGCACAAACACGGGUAUCAGUUGCUCGACUCGAGAGCUUCCUAAGCGAUGAAAACGAGUUGAAAUUGCUAGCAUACCGGAAAUUUAGAGCCUCUAAUCUUGCAAUCGAUAUUGAGUGCGGAGAAUAUUGUUGGGAAACAAGCAAUCCUUAUGGUAGGAAACCGACAAUUAGCUUAAGCGACCAGCUUAAAAUCGAAAAGGGUUGCAAAGUAGCGGUUUGUGGGUCAGUUGGUUCGGGAAAAUCAAGCUUACUUUGUAGUAUCCUUGGUGAAAUCGCACGAAUAUCCGGUAGGGAGAUUAAGGUGUAUGGAGAAAAAGCAUAUGUUCCUCAGAAUUCAUGGAUCCAAACAGGUACAGUUCGGGAUAACAUAUUGUUUGGGAAGGAUAUGAAUAAGGCAAUUUAUGAGGAGGUUCUAGAAGCGUGUGCUCUGAACAAGGAUCUUCACAUGUGGACUGACGCUGAUAUGUGCAUAGUAGGAGAGCGAGGGAUCAAUUUAAGCGGAGGUCAGAAACAACGGAUUCAGCUUGCUAGGGCGAUAUAUAGUGAUGCUGAUGUUUAUUUCCUCGACGAUCCAUUUAGUGCUGUCGAUGCGCAUACUGGUGCACACCUGUUCAAGAAGGCUCUUAUGCAAAAGCUGUCAGGGAAAACUGUCGUAUACAUAACCCAUCAGCUCGAAUUCUUGCGUGCUGCAGACAUUGUUCUGGUGAUGAAAGACGGUAGAAUUAUUCAAUCAGGAAGAUACGAAGAUUUGAUUACAUACCCAGAUGGGGAACUCGUCAAACAAAUGGAAGCCCAUAAAAAAUCACUAGAACAAGUAAAUGCCAAUGACACAAAUGCAAGAUUAUCCUCAGUUACUCAAGCUGAACUUAUAGAAGAAGAUUUUUCAUGCUCUAUUCAGUAUGAUAAACUAGCCAAAACUAACGAAGAGGAAGCGGUAAGAGGACGAGUGAAUUGGAACGUAUAUUCUACUUUCAUCACAGCUGCAUAUGGAGGAGCUCUGGUUCCUGUCAUCCUACUUUGCCAGAUUCUUUUUCAAGGACUGCAAAUAGGGAGCAAUUACUGGAUCGCUUGGGCAACCGAGGAGGAGGAUCGAGUUAGCCAUCGAGAACUGAUGGCAUAUUUUGUUUUGAUAUCUGGUGGAAGUUGUGUCUUCAUAUUAGGGAGGACGGUUUUUCUUUCGACUAUAGCGAUCGAGACUGCUCAACAGAUGUUCCUCGGUAUGAUCAAAUCAGUUUUCCGUGCUCCUAUAUCUUUUUUCGACUUCACACCAUCUAGUCGAAUAAUCAGCAGGUCAUCUACUGAUCAAAGUACUGUCGAUAUGGACAUUCCCUAUAGAUUGGCCGGUCUAGUUUUCGCUCUGAUUCAGCUACUUAGUAUAAUUCUCCUCAUGUCCCAGGUUGCAUGGCAAGUCUUUCUGAUUUUUGUUGCUGUAUUCGCCAUCUCUUGUUGGUAUCAGGCUUAUUACAUAAGUACUGCACGAGAGUUGGCUAGGAUGGUAGGGAUUCGAAAAGCUCCUAUUCUUCACCAUUUUUCCGAAAGUAUGGUGGGUUCUUCAACUAUCCGAUGUUUCAAUCAAGAGGGUCGUUUUUACGAAAAACUUAUCGGUUUGGUGAAUGAUUAUUCUCGAGUUACAUUCCACAACAUUGCUGCUAUGGAAUGGCUUUCUACGCGAAUCAACUUUUUGUUCAACUUGGUCUUCUUCAUUGUUCUAGUUAUCUUAGUUAUGUUGCCAAGAUUGGCCAUCGAUCCAAGCUUGGGGGGUCUAGCCGCCACAUACGGACUAAAUAUGACCGUUCUACAAGCUUGGAUAAUAUGGAACUUGUGUAAUGUAGAAAACAAAAUGAUAUCAGUCGAAAGGAUUCUCGACUUUUCGCGACUUCCAAGUGAAGCGCCUUUAGUUAUAGAAGAUUGUAGGCCAGAAUCAGAUUGGCCGAGUGAAGGGUUUAUCGAAUUCGAGAACUUGCAUGUCCGGUAUUCCCCUGCUCUGCCCAUGGUGCUUAAAGGCAUCACCUGCACCAUACCUUCCAAGAUGAAAGUUGGAGUCGUUGGAAGGACGGGCAGUGGAAAGUCUACUCUCAUACAAGCCCUUUUCCGGGUGGUUGAGCCUGCACAAGGGCGUAUUCUUGUUGAUGGACUUGAUAUCGGUACAUUAGGUCUGCAAGAUUUGAGAUCCAAGCUGAGUAUUAUACCACAAGACCCUACACUGUUCCAAGGUACUGUGAGGGCUAAUCUCGACCCAAUGGAGGAGCAUUCCGAUCAAGAGAUAUGGGAGGUACUCAAUAAGUGUCAUGGCCUUGCUAGUAUUAUAAGGCGAGAUGAAAGACUUCUUGAUGCACCCGUAGCAGAAGAUGGAGAAAACUGGAGCGUAGGACAACGACAGUUAGUUUGUCUGGCAAGGGUGCUACUCCAAAGGCGGAGAAUCCUCGUCUUGGAUGAAGCUACAGCAUCAGUCGAUACAGCAACUGAUAAUAUAAUUCAAAAGACGGUUAGAGAAGAAACAAGCGAGUGUACUGUCAUUACUGUCGCACACAGAAUACCAACUGUCAUCGACAACGACCUUGUCUUGGUUCUCGACCAAGGCAAGAUCGCGGAGUAUGACUCUCCGGCUGAAUUGUUGAAAGAUAGCUCUACCGCGUUUUCAAAAUUGGUGAACGAAUUCCUGAGUAGAUCAUCUAAACAUUUCAAUGAGACAUAGGAACAAACGAUAACCACGAAUGACUUAACGUCCUUACGAUCACUCUUUCGACAUCAUGACUGAUUCGAGUUUUCAAGAAGAGCGAAAAGUAGCAUAGGCUCUGAAGUGUAAUGUGUACAUAUGUAGUUCUUGAUCCUGGAUCUUACACAAGUAGAAAGGAAAUUAAUUGAUUUUUGUAGUUUUCAAUAUUUAGUCAUGUAAUAUGAGUACUAAGAAGAAUGUGCCCAUUCAUGCUUUACUUUUUUUUAUUGUAAAUAAUAUAUAUUUUAUGAAAUUUUUAUGCCACC